CAACAAGCAGACACCUAUCAAAGCUAAAUGAAAACAAGUUAAAUACUGAAUAUAACUUUAAUAAGUCUACUCUAAGACACAAUGGCUACAGAAGAAAAUGGUGCUGCUUCCAAGAAACAACUACAGAGAUCAGAAUCUUUAGUGGAGAAUGUCAGCUGGCGUCAUUAUAUGUAUUUUGUCGUUCAUAUACUCCAGUCGUGCGCCUCGGCGAUCGGUUAUCCUGUGAUAACGCAAUUCCUUUAUGCAAAAAUCAAUAAGGAGUACCUCGAAGAAUCGAACAUCACAAUCGAUUCCAGUGAUGACGAUCACUUACGCCUAGGCCACUGCUUCGUUAAUAAAUCUUUGCCUGGUUAUGCCAUCCAACAGCAAGUCCAAGCUAUCAAUGCACAAUGGCUGCAAUGGUUUUCUCUAUGUUAUGGAAUACCAAGCAUCAUUACGGUCCUUAUCGCUGGAUCAUGGACCGAUGUUCUUGGAAGAAAAACAAUAUUUCUUCUCAAUGCAAUCGGACGCAUGAUAAAAUACGUUAUAUAUGGUAUUGUGAUGAAACUUCACCUCCGUACAGAAUAUUUGAUAUUAGGAUACGUGACAGAAGGUUUUUCUGGGAGUUAUUUUUUGUCUAUUUUGGUAACAUAUGCCUAUACAGCAGACAUUACACCAAAGAACGAAAAGCGGUCAUUCUUUCUUGUAGCAUCAGAUAGUAUUUUCCAUGUUUGUUAUGGAUUGGCAAAUUUGUCUGCCGGUUAUUUCAUUCGUGCAACAGGAUUCUUUUGGCCGCUUGUAUUUGCUACAUGUCUCUCAAUAUUCAGUUCGAUUAUCUUCAUACUUAUUGUUCCAGAAACCGUGAAAAAGGGAACUUUUUCAGAUCUUUCACCAAAGAAAAGCAUUCUCAGAACGCUAACAUUUUAUGUUGGUAGCAAAAAUAAACCUAAACCCAACAAAUUGAAGUUCUGGCUUUGUUUGUUAGCUUUUGCAGCAUUGUCACAAAGCGUUAUUGGAGAAUUUGAUAUUGAUACACUCUAUGUCCUAAAUUCGCCUUUCUGUUGGGAUUCUGUAAAGAUUGGAAACUAUGGAGCAGUCGCGUCAUUUGUAAUACCAGUCAUAACAGUGAUUUUCAUGAGGUUGAUGCAAUGUUGUUUACCUGAAGCGUUCAUAGCAAGUUUUUCACUGCUGUUUUUUAUCGGUCGGUCUUUUGUCAAAGCUUUCAGCACUGAAGAUUGGCAACUUUAUUUAGCCGGAUUAAUUGGUGCUCCUGGAUUGCUGUCUUUUGCGAUGAUACGGACAAUCGUUUCACAACUUUCAGAUGCUACAGAACAAGGUUCAGUUUUUGCGGGUCUUGGAACAGUAGAAGCUAUUUGUGGAAUGACCAGUUCUUUGAUGUUAAACUCUAUUUAUGCUCACACUUUACUCUGGAUGAAAGGAUUUGUCUUCGUGGUUGUGGCCAUCUGCUGUGUUGCUCCAGCAUCACUUUUACUAGCUCUUCAUUUUGUGAUCAAGAAAGAGCAAAAAAAGCAAGAUGAGGUAACUGUCAACUCAGUGGAAAUGGAAUGUAAAGACGGCACACCAAGUACCUCACAGAGCAAUAAUGAGAAUGGAAUGAAACACGGUGAAGUCGAAGAAGAACGAAAGGAGAGUAAACAUGGUAAAACUACAAAAGGGGAAAACAAUCUAGGAUAUAUGAAUUAGGAUGAAGGAGUUUGUUAAAUGUCUGCAAAGCUGACCUAUUUUUGUUGUUAUUUCAGCGAACUUUAAAAUCACUCAGUAUGACAAAAACAAUAUAUCACCUAUAGCAAAAAAGGAAGUAGGUCACUUUAUAUUUUCGUUGAGAUAUUGAUAUGGUGGCUAUGUGUUGUUUUAGACAUUUAAUCUCAUCGUUUGCGCUUCGUUAGCUCUGCUUCAUUCCCUUUAGUUUCAUGUAUGGGCAACCUUUUUCGAGAAGCGAGCUACAUGAGACAUGGAUCAUAGUUAGGUGGGCUGCACUACUAAAAGAUUCAAGGUAAUUUUUCGUUGGUGUGCCAUUCAGAAGGUCCUGUGGGCCGCAGUUUACCCAUGACUGCUUUAGAUUAUUCACAAAUCAUUUUGAAAAUCCAUCUAAAAACUAUCUAAGUAAAGGAUACAAGAAGUAUUUGAAAAAUACACCGAUUGACAUAUAAUGUAAAUAUAAAAAAAAGAAAAAAAAGGCUGAGAUUAAUUGUUUGAAAAACUCAUGCUAUUUCAGAAGUUUUUAUGUCGUAUACUAUUAACUUGGUACUGACUCAACCACAAAAAAAAAAGGCAAGCAGAGCCCAGGUUUCAAGAAGCGAGGAUUAGGAAAGAGAAAAAAUGUAUACCAAAUUCAUCUAUUUAUCUACUAAUUUAAAAUCAGUAUUCUAAAACAACACUCUAUUGAACUUUUUUCUAAAUUAAAUACUAUAUUAACCAGCAAAUUAAGCCAUAAAAAGAGGGAUUGAAUUGAGAGUGAAGAUGCAUUAACGCGACAUACCUACACAACUGUACCCCACUUCGACUUUGUUUCCUCACAACUUUCAGAAAAACGGAAAUUUUAAAAUGAAAUCUACAAAUAUCCUUCAGAAGGUGAAGAUUCCUAUUAUAUCGAAAUUUGUGGUGAAAUUAUUUUUCGUAUGGAGUGGGGAGAGGAGUUUAGAAUAAUUCACACGAGUUGACUUUGUCUUUUCAUAACUUUAAGAAAAGUAAGUAAUUUUUUAAAUGAAAUUUUCUUCGCAUACCUUUCAGAUAGUAUAGAUUACGAUUAUAUUGGAAUUUAAUGUGAAAAAACAUGGUGGGCAUGCACACAUACAUACCGACACAUAUCACAUAUAUAUCUAGAAAAUGAGCCUUGUAAUUUCGAACAAAUUAUGUUGUGUGUUAGUUUGUAUUUGUGCAUGGCCACCAAUUAACUUUUUUUUUUUCACAUAAAAUUCCAAUAUAAUUGUAAUUUACACCAUCUGAAAGCUAGUUGUCGAAAAUUGCAGAAAAUAAUAUGUAUCUUUCUGAAAGUUAUCAGGAAACUAAUUCGGGUGAGGGAACAUUUGUGGGUAGGUAUGCUUAUUAAAGCAAUCAACUUCACCUGAUAUUAAAUACAAAAGAUGGCAAUUUUGUCAUUAAAAUAACAUCGAUUCAGUUUUGCUAUUAAUUUUUAUUUGUCUCUUUUUACUAUAUAAUAAUUAAUGAAUAAAUUAUUUAUAAAAUAA